AUGGCGGUGGUGAGCGGGCUGGGGUCCGCGGUCGCCCGGAUGGAGGGCCGAGAGUUCGAGUAUCUGAUGAAGAAACGCUCCGUGACCAUCGGGAGGAACUCUUCCCAGGGCUCGGUGGACGUGAGCAUGGGGCACUCGAGCUUCAUCUCUCGGCGGCACCUGGAGAUCUUCACCACGGGAGAAGGAGGCUCGGGCAGCGGGGAGUUCUACCUCCGGUGUCUGGGCAAGAACGGGGUGUUUGUGGAUGGGGUGUUCCAGAGAAGAGGAGCCCCCCCUCUGCAGCUGCCGGCGGUGUGCUGUUUCCGUUUCCCCAGCACAAGUAUAAAGAUAAAUUUCACUGCCCUGUCCCAUGAGAAGAAGGACUCCAGGAAUGUGCCCGAAUCACCGGUUAAGCCCGUUCAGCCCCAGAUUUCACCCCUCACCAUUAACAUUCCCGACAACAUGGCGCACCUCAUGAGCCCGCUGCCCUCUCCCACAGGCACCAUCAGUGCUGCUAACUCCUGCCCCUCAAGUCCACGCGGGGCAGGCCUGUCUGGCUUCAGGACCGGGAGAGUGUUGGCUGCGGAUCUGAUGGGAGACCACUCUCAUUCUGAGAACGACAAGGACGCGUCUGGGGAGGACUGUCCAAAGGAUGACUCCAAACCUCCAUAUUCAUACGCUCAGCUCAUAGUCCAAGCAAUCACCUUGGCCCCAGACAAGCAGCUCACACUGAAUGGUAUCUACACCCACAUCACCAAGAACUACCCCUAUUACCGGAGCGCAGACAAAGGCUGGCAGAAUUCCAUUCGUCACAACUUGUCUCUGAACCGGUACUUCAUUAAAGUGGCCCGCUCUCAGGAGGAGCCGGGAAAGGGCUCAUUCUGGAGGAUCGACCCGGCCUCCGAGAGCAAACUCAUUGAUCAGGCUUUUAGGAAGAGAAGGCCCCGCGGAGUUCCCUGCUUCAGGACGCCUGUGGGACCACUCUCCUCCAGGAGUGCCCCCGCCUCUCCGAGCCACACUGGGGCGCUGUCGGCUCAUUCCAGUGGAGUCCAAACCCCUGAGAGUUUGUCCCGAGAGGGUUCUCCGGUCCCCAUGGAGCACGAGUCCAUCCCCGCACCAGGCCCCGUCGCUACAGUCUCUACAGUCCAGCCCAAACUGGCCGUCAUCAAAGAGGCUCAUUUUGCACAGAAUUCACCAGGGUCCCCUCUGAACACUCAGCCUGUGUUGAUCGCCGUCCAGAGACCAUUAUCUCAGAACUCUUUGAAGCCUGUCACUUAUGCCGUGGCCACUCCUGCCAUCGUCACCACCACCGGCAGCCCCGCCCCGGUCAUGCAGACCGUGCACGUGGUUCAUCAGAUCCCGGCGGUCACUAUGGCAACCAUGGAACGUCCUCCUGCUGCCGUGAACUCUCAGGCGAAUGGAGGCGGAGAGCAUCAUGAGGUCAAAGUUAAAAUGGAGCCCAUCUCGAUGAGUGCGCCCUCUAUAGGUGGAGUCAGUCGGAUCAUCCAGAGCUCCCAGGCUCCGCCCCUCACCACCGUCACCAUAGUCCAGGCCCCACUGGGACAGCACCAGCUCCCCAUAAAGACUAUAACACAGAACGGGACGCACCUCAUGCCCCUCGGCACAACUACAGCCACAGUGGUGGCUAACCCGCUCCACCUUCUGGCCACACACGCCUCUGCCUCGGCCUCUCUGCCCACCAAGAGGCAGAACGGGGACCUGUCCGAAGAACACGACACCAAGAGGAUCAAAACCGACGACGCCGACGGCUCCACAGACAAAUCCGAAGGCAAAGUCUGCGAACAGAACGGGAACAAGUGA